AUGGCUGAGAAGCGCAAGCUCCCCCCGCGCGAGCGACGCGAACCUGCCAAGCGACGUGUGUCCGAAGCCACGCCGCAGUCUCACAGAAAAAAGGCGCCCACACCACGCGCCGUAUCAGUGGAUGCGCCGUUGCCAACACAGAUCAAGGACGCAGAUGUUCUACCGAUUGUCCGUACCCGGCAGCCUACGACAUUGUCAGAAAAGGAAUAUCAAUCAAUCGCCGAAAGUGCUGUCCUCCUGGCCUCUCUUGAGCGCUCGAAGAAAAAAUGGCUGAGCGACGGGAUCCUCGUUCGCUAUUAUACAAAACCCAAGAAGACCAAGCGCGAGCAGACCGAGAAGAAGAACCCAUCGAAGGAAUCCAUGUUGAAGAUUGGGCCAUGCGACGUCACCAUCGGACCCCAUCUGUUUGAUGCCAUGAUCUAUGUGGUGAAAGAUCCCAAUGCGCCUCCAUCGUUGCAGUACACGGCUCCCCAGCGUCCACCGGGGGUUCAAUGGGGUGUCCCCCAUACGCCGUACCGACCGUACGGCUCCCCAUCCAAUGCGCAACGACCUGCCCAAUACUCGCCUGCGCCCGCCGGACGUCCUGGAUAUUCCGGCAGCCAACCUUCGCCGCACCAAUCCCGCCCGAGCCAAGGCAAUUCGUCUUCCCCUCAGGGACAGCGACCACCACAAGGACAAAAGGGCCCCAAUGGCCAACCCGCCAAGCCCAGCCCAGACCCUGUGAUCCAGAUGCUAGCCACGAGAGCAGCUGCGGACCCUGAUCUGAAGGCGCUGAUGCGUGUCGUGGCAUCUAGCCAGGCAUCGCAGGAGCAGCUUCGGGCUUUCCAAGCGCACAUUGACGAACUGAAUGCCAUUAUCAAAGCAAGAGAGCAGCAGGAGCAACGUCAACAGGCGCCUGUGGGCACGCCUGCCCCCGCGCCCCAACCGCAGUCUACACCACAGCCUCCGCAGAAGCAAGAAAGCACGACAAAGCCGGCGGCUGACGCCCAGACACCCUCAAGCACCCCUGCCCCGGUGAAAGUCAAGGAUGAGCCGGUAACAAGCAAUACGACCGCCUCUCAAUCCACACCAAAGCCCGCGCCAACCGAGUCGACACCCGCACCAGCACCAGCUCCAUCUGCAACCCCAAGUGCUCCGCCCAAUCCACCCACCGCAUCUACACCCGCCCCCCAGAACCCGAGCCCGGCUGUACAAGCUACGCCAGUCGGGACUCCGCAGUCAGGCGCGCGACCCAUCCCGCCGCACCCUUCUUUUCAACAACCCUCUUACGGGGCUCAGCCACCCAUCCAAUCCAGACCACCUUUUUACGGGGGACCUGGUUCAUAUCCUCGACCUCCUUCCAUGCCCAUUGCCCCGCCUCGUGUCAACUACAAGUCGGUAGUGUUCGAAUUCACAUCCCCGUUAACGCCAUACGGAAGCAGCACUUCUGGCCAUGCCGGCUCCGGCGACCGCUACCUCUUCCCCGAAAACACUAUCCUGGAAUGGCUCCCAGCCGAGAACACGGUUAUUGCCUCAUUCUUAAUAGUCCGAAAGGUUGAUCCAAACACGCCAUUUCCCCUCGAGACAGCCACAGAGGCUGCCGCCAAAAGUAAAGCAAAGGGCAAGGGCGCAUCAAAAGCAAAGGGCGACAAGAAGGUCAAAGACGAGAAGGGUCAACCAGCCCAAACCCCUACCCCGAACCAGCCCGCGCCAACCGAGACGCCCCAAAAGCAAGAACCCACCGACCCCGCCACCCCAGGCAUGCCAGGCACGCCAGGUACACCAGCAGAGGCUAAUCUCAAAGAAUACUGGCAACCAGUAACCUUCCGCAUCCAUGCUCCGAAUGCCAAGAUCCUCGAGCCCCUGGCUCGGGUGGUCAGACCGGCGGAAGAGGUGCGAAAAUACAUGAAUGAAAUCAUGGACCGCGCGGAACGCUCUCAGGAUGGAUAUCUGGCUAUGCAACUGCCUCGCGAGGAGGCGCAAGAACCACCCGAGACAGAAGGCACGCCUGCGUCUGGUGCCGGCACCAGGAGUCGUCUCUCUCGUGUUCAGCUGGCGGAUGAUUCUGAGAUCGAGAGCACAGGAUUCGAGUUCGAGGAAGAAGAUGAGGAGGAUUUGAAGGAUUUCUACGACGCUCCCAGUGGAUUGGCGCCAAUGGUGUAA